AUGAACUUUCGUGCUACCGAAAAAGUUCCUGAAACAUGCAGAAUACACGGCAUUCUCGAUCAAGGAACCAUGAACAACUCGAAACUUUUCAGUGGCUUGUCGGAGAACAAUCAAUCUUGCCAUCCGUCUGGGUUGAGUUUCACACAGUUCCGGGACCUCUUCUUCAGACAGAGAGGGCCUCUGGAGGAACAGAGUUACAGAGGGGGUGUCGAUGACAACAGAGUGGAUGCCAACCGAAUGCCGUGCACGAAGGACAGGUUUUCUAUUUUCUGCCCCUCCACUGAGUGUCCCUGUUGCAGCUCCAAGAAACCCUUCCAGGGCUGCUGUGUCUACAACUCCUCCAAUUCCAGCUCCGAUGACGACGAUGAUAGAAAUCAGGGAGACAAAAGGAAAAAGGAAAAGAAGAAGAAGAAGAAGAAAAAAUCCAAACAGGAGGAGUGUGAUAAAAAAAUGAAGAAGAGAAGAAAAUGCGAGAAAUCGAGCUACAAUGAUGGCGAUGAUAAGGAAAAGAGGAAGAAGAAAGAUUCAAAGUAUUCAAAAAGUAAGUCAAAAUCCGAAUCAUCAAGAAAAUUAAAAACGGAAAGCGGUUACAAAUCGAAAUCGAAUUCAGAUAAAAAAAAGUCGUCGUCAGAUGAUCUUGAAGAAGAUGAGGCUGAUGAGCUCGAUGAUGGCGAUGAGGAUGACUCCUCUGUGGCCUCGUAA